CCGUCCUUGUCCGAGCCCCCUUUAUCUCCAUUUAUCGUGUGGCAAAGCCAGGGACCAGAUCUGCAUGCGUCAAAUAUUGCCAGCACUGUAACGGAAAGCCUAGGUAAUUAAUUACCUACUGGUAUCAAUCUGGUGUCCUUCGAGUUUGCCGUGACUUGCCGCUUUGGGUUUUUCUGCUCCUAUCUUCGGAUCUGCUCAUCCACGAUAGAAAAAAAGAAUGGCUUCAUAUUCGCCCAGGUAGUGUUCUAUCGACGAUGAUACCAAGCUAGGUACUCAGACAAUGGUCACGUGGACCCUGCAUGCUCGCCACUUUCCACUGUACAGACGAAUCGGUCUGUAAACUGAGGCAAUCCAGCUAGCCCAGUGGCCAAUGGCAUUUCAUCCACCUAAAACAAACAUACCGUCUUUUUUCUCAUAGUCAAUCGCCACAUAACCUUGGCUAUAGGUUAUCAUGGCCCAAAACCUCGAUGCGCAGUAUAACGCAGCUGUGGAAAGGUUCAGGAGCGAAGAGUUUCCCAUGAUCCGAGUAGACUCAAUAUACCUGGACCAUGCUGGCACAACUCUCUGCCCCAAGUCUCUUCUCGAGGCAUUUGCAAGAGAUAUGGCGGGUAACUUGUAUGGCAACCCGCACUCUGCAUCCAACUCGUCACAGCUGUCCACCUCCCGUAUUGAAGAUAUUCGGCUACAAGCUCUGCAGCUGUUCGGCGCCAGCCCCGAUGAGUUCGACCUUGUCUUCGUGGCCAAUGCCACGGCGGGAAUCAAACUGGUGUCCGAAUCACUGAGAGCUCGCGAUGGAGGGUUUGGUUUUCUUUACCAUCAAGCAUCCCAUACUAGCCUCGUCGGGGUCAGGGAGGAAGCUCAAAGUAGCAUAUGCUUGAGCGAGGAUGAAACCGAGGAAUUGCUUGCAGGCAGCACUACCAGUCUGGACUUGGUGACUAGGUCUCCUCCAGGUGCUGUGCUGCUUGCGUAUACGGCACAGUCUAAUUUUGACGGACGCCGUUAUCCACUGACCUGGGCGGACAAGGUCAGGAGGGCCCACGCGUCCGGAUGCACCCCAAUUUGCACUCUGUUAGACGCAGCCUCUUUCGUUUCGACCUCCCCGUUACAUCUUGGAGAAUCCAAAGCGGCGCCAGACUUCACUGUUCUUAGCUUUUACAAGAUAUUUGGCUUUCCAGAUCUCGGCGCCUUGAUUGUUAGAAAACAGGCUUGGCAUCUGUUCGAGUCUAGGAAAUACUUUGGAGGCGGCACGGUCGAUAUGGUGGUGAACUUCAAAGAAUCAUGGCAUGCUCCCAAAAAUGGGUUUCUCCACGAACGCCUGGAAGACGGGACACUGCCAAUCCAUAACAUACUUGCACUCGGCUCAGCUAUCAAAAUCCAUCAGGGUCUAUUUGGUCCUAUGCGUACAGUAUCCUCCCACGCUACAUUUCUCGCCCAGGAAAUGAUCACCAAUCUACAAAAUCUACACCACAGCAAUGGAGAGAAGGUGUGUACGUUAUACUCGCCAUAUCCCAAACCCAAUGUCGAUGGCAAUGGCUGGAACCAAGGGCCUAUAAUCGCCUUCAACAUCUGUACUUCCAAUGGUUCCUGGGUUAGCCUUGGCGAGUUUGAGAAGCUUGCGAGCCUGCGGGAUAUAAACAUCCGUACUGGCAGCCUUUGUAAUCCGGGAGGCAUCGCGAUAGCUUUAGCACUUGAGCCCUGGGAGAUGAAGCGAAACUUCUCAGCCGGCCUCCGCUGCGGAGCCGAUAACGACAUGGCGCUUGGGAAACCAACAGGUGUCAUUCGUGCUAGUCUUGGUGCCAUGAGCACCACUUCCGAUGUGGAUAGGUUCGUGGCCUUUAUUGUCGAAUUCUUUUGCGACGAUGGUGCUGCAUCUCGAGAUCUUCAAACCCCCCGUGUACAACCGUCUUUGGCUUCCGGCGAGGCAGAACUUUGCGUAGAUAGUUUGACCAUAUAUCCCAUCAAGAGUUGUGCAGGCUACUCUAUCCCACACGGGAAGCAGUGGCAGGUCCGACCGGAAGGCCUAGCGUGGGACCGCGAGUGGUGUCUACUCCAUAGAGGCUCUGGCCAAGCCCUCAGCCAAAAGAGAUAUCCCAAGAUGGCGCUCAUCAAGCCUGUCGUUGAUCUGGAAAGUGGACGACUGGCUGUUGGCUACCUCGGAGAGCCUAUACCAUACCUCCCUGAACGGGUUUCGGUGCCGCUGUCUCACGACCCGUCGGUCUUCCGGCCUUCCACUUACGUGUCAGCAGCACCUUCACGAGUAUGCGGAGACCAGGUGGCUACCAAGAUUUACCACGACGACGAGUUGAAUGAAUUCUUUUCCAAAGCCAUCGGAGUUCCAUGUGUUCUCGCACGAUUCCCGCCAGGGAGUCAGCAUGGCGACGCCCAGAGAUCUUCCAAAGCACGUCUUCAGAAGCAUCAGAUCACGACGGAUCAAGAGAGCGACGUUCAAGAAGUCCAUCCUGGUUCUGGAACGACGACGGAUUCCACCUGGGGAAAUGAUAAAAGCCAAAAUAUUCUUUUAUCCAAUGAAAGCCCUAUUCUUCUCAUCAACCUCGCCAGCGUCGACGCGCUAAACCAAGAAAUCAAGUCGAGAAAGGGGAGCUCUGCCGUGCGUAUACCCACCUCUGCCUUCCGGGCCAACGUCGUCCUUCGGCGAACCGACGAGUCUCGGCCCGACGGUGCCCAAGGCCUUCCGUAUGCAGAGGAGAGGUGGAGAGGGCUUACGAUUGGCAACCAAACUUACACGAUGCUGGGCGCCUGCAGACGGUGCCAGAUGGUCUGCGUCGACCAGGUCACGGGUUGUCGUGGGGAUGAGCCCUUUAGCACCCUGUCCAAGACCCGCAGGUUUGAUGGGAAAGUUUUCUUUGGGGUUCAUAUGGCCUGGGGCCCAGGGUCGCCAUCAAAUAACGUCGUUGCCGCGCGUGGAGACGUCGCAUACCCAACUAUUGAGGUUGGUGAGCGUGUUUUAGUUCAUGUGUAGCGACUUUGGGUUCUACAUGCACGGAAUCAUCUGGCAUUUUAAGAAGCAUCUCAGAAACAGUAAAUGUUUUAGCAUGCCACUCCAUGGGAGCCUCAAUACUUGAUCCAAAGAUCAUUUGAAACAGUCUAUUUACUAUGGCAGGAGGCAUAUUUCUCAUGUUUUAAGUGACAAAGGGGAGCCGAUGGCUCAGCUUGCAUCCCCUGCAUAAAGCCUAGUGGCUGACCGUCACAAAAAUACAUCAAAACUGGCUAAAUCGCGAUGACCACACGUAUAUGCACAAAUCAAUGUCGAAACAAAACUUCGUUUGGACCUGUUUUUUUCUUUUUUUUUUCUCUCUCUCUCUCUCUCUUUCUGUGCUUUGGUCUUUUCUGUCUGUUUCUUUUUUUUGGUAGGCCUCAAUAGUCUCUGUAGUUGGAAUAUCUCCUCCCACGCAGCGGCAAGGACAGUGGCGUAUCCAUGAUAUCAGGGGACAUUGGUGAAUGCGCCAACAUUACCCCGGGAGGACUCGAGGACAGAGGAUCGGCCUGGCUGUGGUCGACCUCAUUCCUCAUCGGCCAGUCCUCGACGCCAGACAUCUCUAUGCGGCUCGUGUCUCCC